AUGGCAAACAGCGACGAUUCCUUCUCCUUGUCCAUCAAACAAGAGAACCCGACGGUUCCUCCUCCUCCUCCUCCUCCCCCCACCGCCACUCCUCCACCAAGAGAAACCGAUCUUGCUGAUGAGAAGAACCAAUCUUUACUCAACUCACUUCGUUCCACCUCCUUGACUCCUCAAGAAGCUCAGACGUGUUUGCGAUCCCUGACCAACGUCAUGACUAGCGGCGAAGACGAAGACGCGGCUCUGUUUCAAGAAGUGAUCUCAAAGCUAAACGAAAGCGAGCUUAAGAGGAUGGCCUCGUUGCUGACGUCAAAAUACGAUCACUACUUCUUGAAGAUCGCAAGAAACAAGAACGGCUCCAUCCACCUACAGAAACUCCUCGGAAAAUCAGACGACGCCGACACCUUCUUCCUCGCCGCUAUUUUCCGCAACUUCUUCAACGUCAUGGCGGACGAGCACGCGCCCUACGUUGCCAUCCAAGGGAUGCGAGUUUUCAGCCGCGAGAAGAAAAGGGCAAUGCGCGACAAAAUUCUCACCUACGCGGUUCCCCUAGGGUGUGACCAAUACGGUAGCAUCGCGCUCAAUGCAAUCAUAAGGGACGUGUCCUUUCUCUACUGCAGUGUUGCCCUCUUUGAUGUAGUUGCGUCCAAAGCUCGCUUUCUAAGCUACAGUAGAUAUGGGAACAUUGUGGUCCAACAAGUGCUUAAACAUUGUAGCUUGCAUAGCACGCGUAACAUUGGGGUUAGCCUCCGUGGCCAUUACGUCGAGCUCUCAUUUACGGAGGGUGGAAGAUACAUCGUGGAGAAGAUUUUGGAGAGGGAUGAGACGGGUGUUUUGGUGGUGACAGAGCUUUUGGAGUGCGGAAGUGACAACUUGGUGAGUCUGGCGACAAGUGAGUACGGGCAUUUCGUGGUGGAAACGGCACUGAAAGUCACGCGGGGGGUUUUGUUUAGGGGUUUGGUGAAUAAGCUCAAGCCUUUUCUCCCUCUCUUGCGUACGUCUCCUCAAAGCACCACCAUUGCACAAAUCUUGGAGUCGGUUCCUUAG